GUGUAAGUGAUGCCACAAACUGUACUUUCUCAGCUGGUGCACUGGGAGUCCAGGGCCUUUGAGUUUUCAGGAUGGACUCGUACCUGAUCCAAGUGAACAGCCCUGGAGAUCAUGCCCCUCUGCUGGAUGUUCAUCUCAAGACCAAUGGAAACAGCAUGUCACUGGGGAAGGUGAAGGGCCGGAAGCCAAGAUGGGCUGUCAGGGCUUCUGAAAUGUCAAAGAAGACUUUCAAUCCUGUCCGAGCCAUUGUAGACAGCAUGAAGGUGGAGCCCAACCCGAAGAAAGCUAUGAUUUCCUUGUCUUUAGGAGACCCGACGGUUUUUGGAAAUCUUCCCACAAAUGAUGAGGUCACGCGGGCUGUGAAAGAGGUUUUGGACUCAGGACGUUACAAUGGCUAUGCUCCAUCUGUUGGCUACCAGUCCUGCCGGGAAGCAGUGGCUGCAUAUUACAACUGUCCAGAGGCACCACUGGAGGCCCAGGACGUCAUCUUAACAAGUGGCUGCAGCCAGGCGAUAGAGCUUGCCUUGGCAGUGCUGGCUAACCCAGGCCAGAACAUCCUGGUGCCACGGCCUGGCUUCUCCCUCUACAAGACUCUGGCACUAUCUAUGGGAAUUGAAGUUAAACUUUACAACCUCUUGCCAGAGAAGUCCUGGGAAAUUGAUUUGAAGCACUUGGAGUCCCUGGUGGAUGAGAAAACAGCUUGCCUGAUUGUGAACAACCCAUCAAACCCCUGUGGUUCUGUGUUCAGCAAGAGCCACCUCCAGAAGAUCCUGGCAGUGGCAUCAAGACAGUGUGUUCCCAUCCUUGCUGAUGAAAUCUAUGGAGACAUGGUGUUUACUGACUGCAAAUAUGAACCCAUUGCAACUCUCAGCACCAAUGUGCCCAUCUUGUCCUGUGGUGGCUUGGCAAAGCGAUGGCUUGUCCCUGGCUGGCGGAUGGGCUGGAUCCUAAUCCAUGACAGGAGAGACAUCUUCGGUAAUGAGAUCAGGGAUGGCCUUCUUAGACUGAGUCAGAGGAUCCUAGGACCAUGUACAAUUGUCCAAGGAGCACUGGAGCGUAUCUUGCACCAGACGCCCCCUGAGUUCUACCACAACACCCUCAGCAUCCUCAAGUCCAAUGCUGACCUUUGUUAUGCUGCCCUAUCAGCUAUCCCAGGCCUGCAGCCUGUCCGGCCUGCUGGAGCCAUGUACCUCAUGGUUGAAAUUGAGAUGGAGCAUUUCCCUGAGUUUGAAAAUGAUGUGGAGUUCACUGAGCGGCUCAUCUCGGAGCAGUCUGUGUUCUGCCUGCCGGCCUCAUGCUUUGAGUACCCAAAUUUCUUCCGUGUGGUGAUCACUGUACCUGAGGAGAUGAUCUUGGAGGCCUGCAGUCGCAUCCAGGAGUUCUGCGAGAUGCACUACCAGGGUGCUGAGGGGGCCCAGGAUUUGGAGUGUGACAAGUAGCCACAGCCAGCAUCCUGCCUCUGCCUGGCUAGAUCUUGUACCCCCUAAGCACCAUGGAAAGAAGCAGACACUUCUCUCUCUUCCACUGCAGCUCCCA